AUGUCGCCUUCCCCGCCUACCACAACCCAGCCCCCACUUACUGACCCGCCCCCAACAACGAAGAAAGUCCCUCAUGCGCCGAUGAUAAUGCGACCAGCGUACAAACGUUACCUCAUCGCUUUGCCUCCACCCGCGCUCGUCGUCCACUUGGAGCGGUUUCAGCACAUUGCAAAGACGCAUUUGAUUCUCCGAGUCGUUCCUUCAACAAGUUGGACGAUUACGUGA